GCAAGCACAAGUGAAGCUGUAGAGCAAACAUAAAAGCCUCUUAUUAAGUGUCGUCUGCUUAAGCUUUCGUCUCUAUGCCAGUCCCUCUUCAGAAAUGAGCGGUGCAGUAACUAAUGCAAUUCGGCAGAGAAUCUCUCAAAACACUGUGGUAAUUUAUUCAAAAACGUAUUGCCCAUAUUGCACAAUGGCUAAAGAGGUUUUUGACAAAAUGCGCCAGCCUUAUGACCUCAUUGAAUUAGACCAAGUGCAAGAUAGUGAACAAAUUCAAGAUGCUCUUGGGAAGAUGACAGGAACUAGAACUGUUCCUAGAGUAUUCGUCAAGGGUCAAUGUAUUGGAGGUGGAACUGAUACUCAAAGCCUAUACAAGCAAGGAAAACUCCAGGAUAUGUUAAAGUAAAGGUCUGAUGGUUAGUUAAUUGUGUUGGUAUUGCUGGUGAUCAAUACAUGCCAUAUUGUCUUAUA